AGAGGGCGCAUUUUGUUAGCUGUCAUGUCACCGCUGUCAUGCCAUAACCUCACUUUACCGGUGUUUUUCGUUUUUCUCUGCAAGUUUUUCAAGUCCAUGUAUAAAUUGUGUUUUUCCUGUGAAAUCAUUGUUCGGUGUAUUCCCCAAAGAUGCCCAGUGAAGGGAACUCAUCAUAUCUCCCACUCCCCGAGAUCAGUGAUGCAAAUUUAUCGCACUCUUUCAAAAGUCAAAAGCCCAGCUCAAAGAAGAAAUGCCCAGUUUUGUGCAGAAAAGGAAUCUACCACGUAAAUCGCAGCAAUUUAUCCAACACCGCUUCGGCAAUCUCCUUCAGGGAUUCCCUGGACAAUGUUCAACUUGCAUCUAUUUACCAGCCCGACAAGAAAGAGUCUUACUUCGAUCAAUGUUUCGAGAACAUCUCUAAGAUCGGCGAAGGUUCCUUUGGGGAAGUAUUCAAGGUACGAUCACGGGAAGAUGGUCUGCUAUAUGCUGUGAAGAAGUCUAAACAAUUCUUCCGGAGCGAAAGCUACCGCGAAGAACGUUUGAUGGAAGUAAAGAGGCAUGAGGAAUUUUCCGGACAUGAGCACUGCGUCACCCUGUACAUGGCGUGGGAGGAAAAAGAUCGGCUGUACAUCCAGAUGGAAUUGUGCCAAAGCAGUUUGGAAACAUACGUGAUCCAGCAGAAGCAGAUUCCAGAGUCUCAGACAUGGUCAUUCCUUCUGGAUCUUCUACUGGCACUCAAGGCUCUGCAUGACAGAAAUCUCAUUCAUCUGGACAUCAAAUUGGACAAUAUUCUAAUCACAGAGGACGGAGUAUGCAAACUAGGCGAUUUUGGCCUGGUAUUCGACCUCAGUCGUAAAAACAAAGAGGCCGCUAUGGAGGGUGAUUCGAGGUACAUUGCACCGGAAUUGCUUCAGGGUACCUUCUCAAAGGCUGCCGAUAUUUUUAGUUUAGGCAUAACAAUUUUGGAAUUGGCCUGUAAUCUCGAAUUGCCAUCAAAUGGUGUCCUGUGGCAUCAGCUGAGAAUGGGAAUCCUUCCAGAAGAAUCAAAACACAUGCUUUCGGAUGAACUGAAUGAUGUUAUCAUGUGGAUGAUGAAUCCUGAUUGGCAACAGAGACCUUCUGUGGAGGCUCUCUUGCGUUAUCCGCGAAUAGCAAAUUUGCUGACAAAGCGAAAACGAUGGUGGUCAUCAACGAAACUUAGAAAGCUUAGAAGAAAAGCGGUAGUGCAGUUUUCCAAUAAGUGGUACAGAUUAAAGAAAAUGCUGUUAAUCUUAAUGACGCGAAUGAGUUUUGCCGUAUUAAGUUGCAUCAGGCGGAGGCAUAAGAAUGAGUAUGAGGAGCACAAUUCUAUGUCACCAUUAGAGUUGAGUGAUGAUGAUCAUCAGACGAGUACUCCAAAUUUGGGCGAUAGCAGCAUAAAUAUGUCCGAUGUGGUGAAUUCGACGCCGAUUUUGAGCCAUGAGAAGAGUAAAAGGCGACAAACGAGAUUAGUAAAUGCAGGUAGUCCUCAAAUUAAUUCCAGUUUUGAAGAGUUUGAAGAUCAUUUAUCACGGAGUCCACUGAAUUAUACGCCAAGAUCAACGCACGAUUAUUCCUCUUUAACAUGCAAAAAGUUAUUUAUGCACACAGAUGAUUCCGACUCGGAUGGUUCCGAUAAACAUUUUUAAAUGUUAUAUAUUGUAAUAUAAUUUUUUUUUUUAUUCCAUGGUGUUGUUGCUGAUGCACUCGAAAUCAAGACUAACGUUUAUCUAUAUAUUCAGCUUAUAAUUAUACAACAUGUUUAUUGAAAUAUGAGAUAUUUCACCAAGAAAAUAAGGAUAUUCCUCCCAGUCCAAGGAUAGUAAUCCGUCUCUUUUUAUUAUCUAUCAGUAAUAAGUACUAAAAAGCAGGGGCCCAGUGUUGCUGUGAAAACAAAGGCCAUUUACAUGAUUAUUGUUAUAAAAAAAAAGAAUGAAAAAUAAAAAAAACGAUCACUGGGAAAAAUUUACUACAAUCUCAUUUUUGUCUAUUCUUAUACUAACAUAAAUUAAUUUUAAUGUGAUACGAGCUAAAAUAAAACGAUUACUGAAUGAUUUUCUAAAA